UACAACAGGUUUAUUUUACUUAGCAUAAUGUCCUCAAGGUUGAUCCAUGUUGACACAAAUCUCAGGAUUUCCUUCUUUUUAAAGGCUGAAUAACAUUCAGUCGUAUUUAUAUACCACAUGUUCUUUUUCCGUUCAUCCAUCAGUGGACAUUUAGGUUGCUUCCACAUCUUGGCUAUCGUGAAUAGUGCUGCAACGAACACAGGAGUACUAAUCUCUCUUCAAGAACCUAAAAAUAGGACUUCCCUGGUGGUGCAGUGGUUCAGAAUCCACCUGCCAAUGCAGGGGACAUGGGUUCAAGCCCUGGUCCGGGAAGAUCCCACAUGCCCGUGGAGCAACUAAGCCCGUACGCCACAACUACUGAGCCUGUGCUCUAGAGCCCUCAAGCCACAACUACUGAGCCCGCAUGCCACAACUACCGAAGCCCACGCACCUAGAGCCCACACUCUGCAAUGAGAAGCCAACGCACCGCAACGAAGAGUAGCCCCUGCUCACCGCAACUAGAGAAAGCCCGUGGGCAGCAACAAAGACCCAAUGCAGCCAAAAAUAAAUAAAUAAAUUUAUAUAUUAAAAAAACCUAAAAAUAAACAAGUGGGACUACAUCAAACUAAUAAAGCUUCUGCACUGCAAAAGAAAGAAAAUCAACAGAGUGAAAAGGCAAACUACAGAAUGGGAGAAAAUAUUACACAUCAUGUCUCUGAAAGGGAGUUAAUCUCCAACAUAUAUAAGAAUUCCUACAAUUCAGUUGUAAAACAAACAUGGGCUAAGGACUUGGAUAGACAUUUCUCCAAAGAAGAUAUACAAAUGGCCAAGAAGCAUAUGAAAAGAUAAGCUAAUCAUCAGGGAAAUGCAAAUCAAAACCAUAGUGAGGUAUCACCCCACACCUGUCAAGAUGGCUAUUUAUCAGAAUAGAUAAGUGUUGGUGAGGAUGUGAGACACUGGAACCCUUGUGCACUGGUGCUGUGAAAGGAAAAUGGGGCAGCUUCUAUGGAAAACAACGAAGUUUCCUCAAAAAAAAAAAAAAUAAAAGCACUAUGAUCUAGCAAUCCCACUGCGGGGUCUUUAUCCAAAAGAAUUGAAAUCAACACCUCAAAGAGAUACUAGGACUCCUGAGUUUUAAAAAUUUCUCUCAAAGUCUCUGCCACCCAGCUCCCCACAGCACAUAGGGCCCCGUCACUUUUAAACCCCCAAAUAAAACCUCACCGUCCCCCACCCCGCAACCCGCUGAUCCCAGGCACCUCACUGCUUGCCCCAAACUGCCUUCCAGGGACAGAAUUUUGCCCCCUGCCUUGGGGGGGCGGGGGUGUCUCAGGCCAGGCCCAGUCCCAGGAGAAGGUGCCCAGCGACCUGCGGGAGGUCCAGGCAUGCCCGGCCGUGCGGGAAUCGGCCCUUCAGGCGGCCGCGCUUCCCGGAGCAGCGUGACGCGGGGGCGCAGCCGGACUCCAGACUCGCUGCGCACUCCCCCGCGCCUGGCUUCCCUGGGCCGCCGCCAGUCCUACUCCGCCGCCGGGGGCGGAGCGUGGCCCUUUUUGGUCCGGGCAGGCGUGGCCGCGGUCCCGGAGGUCACUCAGCCGCCCGGCUGGCUGCUGUCACUGCCGCCCUGCGCCUGGCUCAGCUCGGCUCGCAGGUUGCCCCGCGCGCACCCGGGCUGCGCCCCCGCCCUCCGGAGCGGCAGCGGCAGCGGGCAAGCCCCUCCCUCCAUCCCCCAUCAGAGAGACCACAUGGACCCGGGGACCACCUGCCCGUGCAGGGGCCCCCUGCCUCGCCUCCAGGUGUGGACCUGGAUCGAGCCCGUGGUGGCCUCCACCCAGAUGGCCACCUCCCUCUACGACGCGGGGCUGCUCCUCGUGGUGAAGGCGUCCUUCGGAGUCGGGGUCUUGGCCAACCACAGCGCCAGCCCAUCGCCCCGGGGGGCUCUAGAGAACCAACAGCAGAGAGCCAUCUCCAACUUCUACAUCAUCUACAACCUUGUGAUGGGCCUGACGCCCCUGCUGUCGGCCUAUGGGCUGGGCUGGCUCAGCGACCGCUACCACCGCAAGAUCUCCAUCUGUAUGCCUCUGCUGGGCUUCAUGCUCUGCCGCCUCGCGCUGCUGCUCAAGGUGCUGCUGGACUGGCCCGUGGAGAUGCUCUACGGGGCGGCGGCGCUCAACGGGCUGUGUGGUGGCUUCUCGGCGUUCUGGUCGGGGGUCAUGGCCCUGGGAUCCCUCGGCUCCUCGGAGGGCCACCGCUCCCUGCGCCUCAUCGUGAUCGACUUGAUCCUGGGCUUGGUGGGAUUCUGCGGGAGCAUGAUCUCCGGGCACCUCUUCAGGCAGAUAGUCGGGCACUCCAGCCAGGGCCUGGUGCUGACCGCCUUCAGCGUGAGCUGUGCCACCUGUGCCCUUUUCUACAGCCUCUUGGUGCUGAAGGUCCCUGAGUCCAAGGCCAAGCCCAGCAAGGCUGUGGAUAUGGUGUCCGGCACAGUCAGCACCUACAACGCCCUGGAUCCUGAUCCGACAGACGAGCAGAGUGUGGUGAGGCACCCUUCGUCUCCUGCAAAAGCAAAGCCCAAGAAAACCAUUAUUGCCCUGCUCUUUGUGGGUGCCAUCAUAUAUGACCUGGCAGUGGUGGGCACAGUGGACGUGAUACCCCUUUUUGUGCUGAGGGAGCCUCUGAGUUGGAACCAAGUGCAGGUGGGCUAUGGUAUGGCUUCAGGGUACACCAUCUUCAUCACCAGCUUCCUGGGCGUCCUGGUCUUCUCCCGCUACUUCCAGGACACCACCAUGAUCAUGAUUGGAAUGGUCUCCUUUGCGUCUGGAGCCCUCCUCUUGGCUUUUGUGAAAGAGACAUACAUGUUCUACAUUGCUCGGGCCACCAUGCUGUUCGCUCUCGUCCCCAUCACAACCAUCCGAUCGGCAAUGUCCAAACUCAUCAAGGGCUCUUCUUAUGGAAAGGUGUUUGUCAUCCUGCAGCUGUCCCUGGCUCUGACCGGGGUGGUGACAUCCACGGUGUACAACAGGAUCUAUCAGCUCACCAUGGAGAAGUUCGUUGGCACCUGCUUUGCACUCUCCUCGUUUCUCUCCUUCCUGGCCAUCAUCCCGAUUGCCAUCGUGGCCUAUAAGCAAGCCUCGUGGUUGCAGCAUGGAGACAUCGCAGAGAAAAGAAGGUGCUUAUCUGCGGGAGCCGGAAACACCAGCAAUGGCUGGGGCUCUCUGAAGACCAAGGAAGGGAACAGGAACUGGUAACCAAAGUAACCCAUUGCUCAAGAAACCCGAGUUCCAGCCAGAGUCAGCCUCAGAGUGACUUGCUCUGGCUCAAGGGUCCCUGGUGGGUAGGGAAAAGCAUUUUCCUGGUGAUGGAGAAACUUUCUCAGCUUUCAGACAUCACUAUCAGUCAGAGGUUAGGUUCUACAGACAGUAGAGUGUGAACUUUCAAGGGUGAUAUGAAGGCCGCACACACAGCCAUACCAGACACUGAAGCCCCUUUUCUUCCAGGAAUGGAAGGGCUUCAGUGCCUGGCAUGAGGGCUCCAACAUAUGGUAACUAGUCACCCAGGAGUCCUGUGUGAGAACUCAAAGUCACACAUUUUCAACAGCCUGAGGGGAAUAGGGAAGGGAUGUUUUGUAAGAACUGCCAAAAGUGAAUGUCAGUCAAUAUUUUUUUAAUUAAAAUAGAAACUUGAAAAAAAGUUAGCUUUCUUCCCGGAGGCCUUGUUAUCUGUGAACAACUCCAGACAAAUCUGGAGCUCAGGCAUUUGACUUCAGGGUAGUUUUGCUGUUAUUUUUUUAUUUUUAUUUUUUUUUGCGGUACACGGGCCUCUCACUGCUGGGGCCUCUCCCGUUGCGGAGCACAGGCUCCGGACGCGCAGGCCCAGCGGCCAUGGCUCACGGGCCCAGCCGCUCCGCGGCAUGUGGGAUCUUCCCGGACCGGGGCACGAACCCGCGUCCCCUGCAUCGGCAGGCGGACUCUCAACCACUGCGCCACCAGGGAAGCCCUACUGUUGUUUUUAAGAAGCAAAUAUCAAAAGGCUUUCUUCAAAGGAAUAUAAUUUGGAUACUUUCGGUCAACAGUAUUUCCCAAAGUGAGAGGUGUAAAGGGAGAGGGGUGAUAUACUAAGAGCCACUUUAUUUUGAGGUACUUAUUUUUAUAGCCUAUUUUAAUUAUGUGUAUAAAAGACUCACCUCCUAAUAAAAUCAACAUUCACAGCAUGAGUGUGUGAAUCAUUCUUUCUUUGGUCAGGUUCCCACUAGAACUCAGACAUAGCAUUCUUAGACUAGGGUUAAAGUUAAAGCUUGCAAAUGCUCAAAAGCUAGCAUUUAAAUCUCAGAGCAUUUGGGCUCAGAGUUGUAUCGCUGAUCCCUUGCAGGGACUGGUCAAAACUUUAUGGCACAUCUACUAAGGUCCCAGCACCAUGCUAGGUGCUGAGAUAGAUACAGAAAGAACACGACAGCUCCUGCCCUACCAGUGUAUUAUCGAAUGGGUGGAGCAGACAGAACAGGAAGCAACAGUGAUGUAUCCUAUAAUAAACGCUAACAUAAAGGAGCAUAUAAUCCAGAUACAAGAGCGCAGGGAGGGCUUCUCAGAAGAAGUGGCAUAAGACUGGAAAGAUAAGGAGUUACCAAGGUGGGACGUUGAGGGACAUUCCAGGCAGAAAGAACAUGCUGGAAGGCCUGAAGGUGAAAAUAUCCCAAAAUAUACAAAAUCAAUGUGAGGGGAGAAAAGAGGGAUGGAGGGAGAGGUAUCCAGGGCAAUGGAAUCAAGAGGUGAGAUUGGAACAGUGAGGAGGAACAUCAAGACAGAGCCUUUAAAAAGUCUCUUUAUACCUAGAAUAGUCAAGUUCAUAGAGUCAGAAAGUACACUGGUAUGCCAGCAGGUGGUGGGAUGGGGAGUCAGUGUUUAAAGGGGACAGAGUUUCAGUUUAGGAAGGUGAAAAAUUCAGGAGAUGGAUGAUGGUGAGAGUUGCACAACAAUGUGAAUGUACUUAGUGCCACUGAACUGUACAGUUAAAUAUGGGUAAAAUAGUAUGUUUUAUACUAUGUGACUUUUACCACAAUAAAACAAAAUUUUUUAAAGUUUCUCUUUAGAAAUGCAAAUCAAAACUACAAUGAGGUACCACCUCAUGCCAGUCAGAAUGGCCAUGAUCUAAAAGUCUACAAAUAACACAUGCUGGAGAGGGUGGGGAAACCCUCUUACACUGUUGGUGGGAAUGUAAAUUGGUGCAGCCACUAUGGAAAACAGUAUGGAGGUUCCUCAAAAACUAAAAAUAGAGUCACCAUAUGAUCCUGCAAUCCCACUCCUGGGCAUGUAUCUGGAGAAAACCGUAAUUUGAAAAGAUAUAUGCACCCUAAUGUUCACUGCAGCACUACCUACAAUAGCCAUACAUGGAAACAACCUAAAUGUCCAUCGACAGAUGAAUGGAUAAAAAAGAUGUGAUACAUAUAUACAAUGGAAUACUACUCAGCCAUUGAAAAGCAUGAAAUAAUGCCAUUUGCAGCAACAUGGAUGGACCU